UUUUUCCCCCGCCUCCAUUUUGUUCGCGGACGCUGGGGACGGUGGGAGCGCAUCCAUUUCCGGGUUGGCAAAAGGGGCGGCGGCGAGAAAGAGAGCUUGCCGCGGGGCGAACGGGCAAGACUGAACCAGGACACAGGUGACGGAGGACUCGCUCCCGGAGCAGCCCCGGCCAGGUGGGGAGGACGCCGGGGCGGCCGAGCCCGCCGCUGAGGUAUAUGAAUGACCUAAAGCUACAAAUAAAGACGGAGAGAGAACAGUGCCAACUGGGAGCAGGGCAAGGAUGCCAAUUCCUCCUCCUCCCCCGCCCCCACCUGGUCCUCCCCCACCUCCCACUUUUAAUCAGGCAAACACAGAGCAGCCCAAACUCAGUAGAGAUGAGCAGCGGAAUCGAGGAGCCCUCUUACAAGACAUUUGCAAAGGGACCAAACUGAAGAAGGUGACCAACAUUAAUGAUCGGAGUGCUCCUGUCAUUGAGAAGCCCAAAGGGAGUGGUGGUGGCUAUGGCCCUGGAGCUGCUGCUUUGCAACCCAAGGGAGGUCUCUUUCAAGGAGGAGUGCCCAAGCUGCGCCCUGUGGGAGCCAAGGAUGCUUCAGAUACUGUAGCUGCUAAGCCAGCCCUACAAGUCCCCAGUUCUCGAGCUGCUGCUCCGAGGCCUCCAGUGUCUACAGCCAGUGGGCGUCCUCAAGAUGAUACUGACAGCAGCCGAGCCUCCCUCCCAGAACUGCCUCGGACGCAGAGACCCUCUUUACCGGACCUCUCCCGUCCCAAUACCACUAGCAGUACAGGCAUGAAACACAGCUCAUCUGCUCCUCCCCCACCACCUCCAGGGCGCCGUGCCAAUGCGCCCCCUACUCCUCUGCCUGUGCACAACAGCAAAGCUCAGGCCUACAACAGGGAGAAACCCUUGCCUCCAACACCUGGACAAAGGCUGCACCCGAGUCGAGAAGGACAUCCUGCUCCACCCCCUGUAAAACCACCUCCUUCCCCUGUGAAUAUCAGAACUGGACCAAGCGGCCAGUCUCUGGCUCCUCCCCCCCCACCUUACCGCCAGCCUCCUGGGGUUCCCAAUGGACCCUCAAGUCCCACUAAUGAGUCAGCCCCUGAGCUGCCACAAAGACACAAUUCUUUGCAUAGGAAGACACCAGGGCCAGUCAGAGGCCUUGCACCUCCUCCACCCACUUCUGCCUCCCCCUUCUUAUUGAGUAACAGGCCACCUCCCCCAGCCCGAGACCCUCCUAGUAGGGGAGCAGCUCCUCCACCCCCUCUACCCAUGGUUCGAAAUGGUGCCAGGGAUGCUCCUCCUCCCCCACCACCUUACCGAAUGCAUGGGUCAGAGCCUCCAAGCAGAGGAAAGCCCCCACCUCCACCCUCAAGGACGCCAGCUGGGCCACCCCCUCCUCCACCACCACCCCUGAGGAAUGGCCAUAGAGACUCCAUCACCACUGUCCGUUCCUUCUUGGAUGAUUUUGAGUCCAAGUACUCCUUCCACCCAGUAGAGGACUUUCCUGCUCCAGAGGAGUAUAAGCAUCUUCAGAGAGUAUACCCCAGUAAAACAAACCGAGCUGCCCGUGGAGUCCCACCUCUGCCACCCGUUCUCAGGUGAAGCCUGUCUUGGUCCUGCUCCUCAGGAAAAGGAUGGACCUCCUCUUCUCAGAUGGUCCCCCAACCUGUAAAACCUGCAUGAGAGCUCCUACAGUGUUUCUCCAGUGCAACCAACCCUAAGCAUCCUCCUGGCCCAGUUCCAUCUAUGUAUCUCAUCUCUGGACUUGGUGAUUGGAUUCUUUCUGUUGGCAGUAGGGUCUCAAGCCCUGUAUCCAACCCUCUUCCAGCAAGCCCUGCUAAGCCAGAAGAGGAGAAAGCCUCCGUUUCUCCUGCUUUCUUCCAGGGAAAGGUGCCUUGUUAUGGUGAAUGGACACACACGGGGCAGGGUAGAGAAUGGUACCCCUGCCUACUGUUAUUCGCCAAGGGGGAAGUGUGGUGUGUGCAUUGUAUUCCAUAGUUGAGGAGGUUGGUGUGGCCAGGACUGUUGAUGAAAGGGUACUUUUCGUGAAGCAGUCGGAGUUUGCAGAAGUGACCUGUUUUAAAGGUCAGAUUACAGAAAGGACAAAGAAAUGGGUCUUCGCCAUUUUUUAGAGUGUUUUGGUUUUGUUCUCAUCCCUCUUCUCCCUGUUCCAAGGGGUAAGUUGUACAUACACUAAAUACUAAUCAGUGAACUAGACAAUAAAAGAAGGGGACAAAGUAAACUGAGGAUCAUUCCAGAGCUAGUUGGCUCCUCUGUAGCUGAGGGUCAGGGCCGUCUGCACCCUUUGAGACCCCCUGCCUUUCCCCGGAGUGCUUCCCGUCCCUCAAGAGAAGAGUCGCUUUUUGUUGGGUGCAUUAUUCAUAUUCCCAAUUCACAAACCCCAGAAACUUCCUGUAAGAGAUGAAAAGAUGGGGUGAAGACCUUAACCUCAACCUCAAGUCGAUCUCAGUUUUUUCUGAUUAACCCUGAAAUGGUCAGCAGCCCUUGGAGUCCUUCGGCACUUGGGGAAUGCUCCAGGGAGACUAAGGGGAGGAGGAAGCACUUCACAGGAGGGUUGGGCUCUGGGGCUGCAAAGGUCUUGACAGCCUCCUCAUACCCAUCUCACACUCAUCCCACAGCAGGGUGUUCCUGUUAGCUCUGCCACCCUACUUUCCCAAGACUGUGGGUGCUAAGCCCACAGAGUAGAAAAUGGCAAGGAAAUACAUGGGGCCUUUGGGGAGCAUAUUCCGAGUCUUCUAAACCAAGAAGCACAAAGACUUAGGGAGGUAUGCCGCACUCCAGUCAGUGGGUCUUCCUUGGCAGCCAGCAAUACAUUGUUUCUGUCUUCCACUGUAGGUAAACAGCACAGGAAAAAUGGAUGUUCCAACUGAGGUUGGUCUAUUAGACAGUGAGUGUCUCUUCUCCAACAGCAGCGUGGGGCCCCAGGACUCCACACACUGGAUAAGUUGGUUUCGUAUAGUGAUAGCCAUGGACAAAGGCUGCUCCAACCUUGCAUGACCAUGGGGAAACCAGGUUGUCCUUUGACUCAAAUAGGGGAAACUAGUUAAAAACUUUCAGAUACGUCACAGGGUUAAACUGUCACAGGGACCUUUCUUUUCUUUUCCUUAUUAUUUUUAUUAUUUUUCAAGACAGGGUUUCUCUGUGAAAGCCCUGGCUGUCCUGGAACUCGUUCUGUAGACCAGGCUGGCCUCGAACUCACAGAGAUCCACCUGCCUCUGUCUCCUGGGUGCUGAGAUUAAUGUCAUACACUAUCGCACCCGGCUCAUAGGAACCUUUCUAAUCUAGUGGAACAUAGGCUAAGGAUCUGUGUUUAAUGCCAGGUGAAACCCAAAUCUUCCAGUGUUGGUGAAGGUGGGCUUAACUUGGUUUAUUUAUUUAUUGAGUGUUACCCUUUGCCAUCUCCUGGACCACUUCGACUCUUGGGACAAACAAUGAUUAGGUCUCACCAGACUUCUAAUUUGUUCACUACUUAUUGUUCUUCUCAAAUACAUUAGCAGUCAUCUCCCAGGAGUUCCCCCAGCAUCCUCAAGUGAACAGAGCUCAGAGAGAAGAGCUGGUACUGCAGGAGUUCCAGGGUAGACGCUAUUACUGAACUUUGACUGUGAAGUCUUCCCAUUUGUUUUUGAAAUGGGAGUUGAUGCCUUUUGUACAAUGUUAUCAAAGUGUAUAGAGACGUCCCCUUACUGAAACGUAAAUCAUCAGAAUAUAUGAUAUAGCAAGUAAAGCCAAACCCCAGUUUUCACUGGGCUGAUCCUCCUUCCACAUGACCUGCACUGUUCAUAUUCCCCAGGUUUGGAUGGUGUCAUGUGGGUAUUGAUUACAUUUCCAUUGUCUUUACCCAAUGGGACAACUACCAAAAAAAGGCCUAGGUUUAGAUCUGAAUAAAUGGGUAUUCUCUAGAGAAUGUUGAUGACACAGCACCUAAUUUAAAUGUCUUUGCCUUAUACAUCAUUUGGUCCCGCUGUUAAUAACAGAUUUAUUAUCAGUGUAUGUUUGCUAUUGAAGGUGGGAAUGUGAUCCUUAAAAUUGUUGGUCUAUUUUGUAUGUUGUACAAAGCUUGUAAUACAGGUUAAAGGUAGCGGGCUGCAAGAGCACUGAAAAUUUCCCUUCUGAACUGUUUUUACCUGCUCAUGGGAUGUCAUCUCUUCAGUGGGAGGUUGGGUGGUCUCACGUUGAGGCUGUUGCCUGAUCAAUUUAGUUCCUUUCUUCCCUCCCAAAGGGAAGAGACAUUGCCCAGCUAAGCAGCAAGAAGCUUUGCCAACAGCUCUCCUGUGGGUUUUGUAGUGGUUUUCCCUAAUAGGAAACACUCAGUAGCUGUUUCUUACUGCCCUAUCUGAAGCUGGGCAGUGGCCUCUGAUUUUCAAAUGAGCUAGAUGCCCCUCUUUCCCUGUCUCAAGUCACCAAACCUGGACCAAAGUGCUAGGACAUUCCAGGUGUAGCUUUCUCUCUCCUGAGGGUUUGCUGCAGCUGCGGAGCCCUUCUGUUUUCUCAGCCUUGGCCAAUUGUGUGAGCAGCUAGGGUUCUCCUAGCUGGUGGAUGUGAGGCUAUCAUCACCAGGAAUUUGUCCCUGCCCCCUUUCCUGGCGAAGGCAAGGGAACUAAUCACUGUCAUUGCACUAGGGGAAUGAAUUCCCUUACCCAGCGGCUUCCCAGCUUGAAACCCAGAUUUACCUCCAGGGAGAGGUGAGGAGGAAAAAAUAACUGUAAAUAGAUUUGCUGCAGAGCAACUCAGGGUUGGGGUAUGUUGUAAUUCUCCUGAUCACUUGAAAUAAUCUGUAGGCUGAGUGCUUAUGGGAGUGUGGGAGAAACGUGACUCCAGGGUCCUUCGUUCCGUGAAGCUCUGGGGGUGGAGUGUCGGGCAUCAGAGGCCCUUUGAUAGCACUGCUGCGCUGUCUGUCCUUCUGCAAACUCAGACCAGAGUCUUCACAUUCCAGGUGUAAUUUUUCUUUCCCUGUGACUCAGUCCCUAAGUUACAUGGUCAAGGCGACUCUGAAGCCACCCAGAUUUAACCCAGAUUUAGGGAAUGAGAGGGAAGAGAGGAGGCCAUUAUAAUUCUGCUUUUAAGACUCAUUUCUUAAAAAUAAAAUGAAGUAAAAUGAUAACCACCUUCAAAAUCACAUGCAGAAACAAAAACAACCCAACAACCAUUUAACUGAAGGAAGGUGAAGGAAGGGUUCUGUUUCACUCAACUCCACGUUCAUUGUGCCUUUACUUGUGUUAGAUUUCUGUGCUUUCUACCCCCCCUUGUGAAGUAAUUAAAAUCUUCCUUGAUAACUGCUGUUUCCUUUCCGCUCUUGAUUCUUACAGCUUUGUGGGUUCCUUCUGUGAUUGUCAUGUCUUGCUCCCAUGGUGGCAGAGGGACUUAGCACACCCUCUUUUUUCACGUUUUUGACUUUUGUCCUUUCCCACAGUUUCCAGUCUGGAAGUUAGAGUCAAUGCUAAAUUUUAUUUAGCAUUGGACCUGAGUGCGUGUGCGUGUGCGUGCGCGUGCGUGUGUGUGUGUGUGUGUGUGUGUGUGUGCGCGCGCGCGCACGCGUGUAUGGGUGUGCCCAUCAUCUGCAUGUGGAUCAGUUUCUUUAAAAAAUAUAAUUUAUUGUGUGAUUUAUUUUGGAGUUUUUCAUUCUGGUUCAGUGCUUCUCCACAAUGGCGCUGAUCUUUGCACCCAUUGUCCCCUGACAGAAAAUGUAUAAUCUGGUUUCAGGUCAAAUUCCUUGGUACAUUUCUUUCUUCUGGAUGCUGUGCAGUUUAAUUAAUUAAAUCUUUAAAAACAAAAAACAAACAAAAAAGAAAAUUGUGUAUUUUUGUCAUGAGUAAUAGUGGUGACAAGGGGAGGGAGGACAUCCUCCUCUGGGUAAGGGUGGCAGAUGGAUCUCAGGUUCCCGAGGAAGGACGUGUGCCGAUGCGCAUGGCAGAAGCACCUGCAGCUCUCAGAGGACUUCUCUGCCUGGGUGUCUUAAAAAAGUAACCACUUGUGGCUCCGCUGACCAGUGAUUCUGUCUUGUAUUUGCUGCUUACCUCCCGUUGCCUUGAUCUCAAGGCGCCCCCCCCCCCAGGCUCACUGUCUUUGUUUCCUUCCUUGUGACCCUCAGAUUCUGUUACCUGCGCCUGAUUCUCAAGCAGGUUGGCGGGGGGGGGGGGGGGGGGGGGGGGGGGCAGGGCCUUUGGGAUCUUGAGAAUCCAUUUGUGUGUGGGUGCUGCUGUUUAUUUCUCCUCUUCACUGCUUGAUUACUUAGGUUUGGUUUGGUUGGUUGAUUUUCUUCGAGACAGGAUUUCUCUAUGUGUAGCCCUGACUGUCCUGGAACUCACUCUAUAGACCAGGCUGGCCUCGAACUGAGAGAUUGAGACUAGUCUGUCUGCCUCCCGAUUGCUGGGAUUAAAGAAGUGCCACCACCACCCAGCAAACAUUUUCAGGUCUAGGAAUUGUCAUUACUGAGUGUGUCUUUUGUUUUGUUUUUGUUGUUCUUUUUCAAGACUAGGUUUCUCUGUGUAGCUCCUACUGUCCUGGAGCUCAACUUGUAGACCAGGCUGGCCUUGAACUCACAGAGACCCGCCUGCCUUUGCCCCCAGGAGGCCUGGCUUCAAAGUUGUGUAAGGUCCCAUCUUCACUGCUUUUUAAGCUGAAAUCUUAGCUGGUCUUCUUGAACUUUGAUGUUAGGUGUUAAAACUCAGCCAGGCUUCUUUGUUACUGAUCAGCUGACAGGAAGCAGCGAGUCUGCUGAGCUUGACUUGUACUCUCCCUGCUAGCAGAGUUCCCUCCCCACUGACUGGAAAUACGGGUGGGGGUGUGGAUCAAGCUCACAGAAUCCAGAUAGCAAAACCUGUGGGGGCCCCAGAGUGCCUGAAUUCCCGAUUUUUGACCAAUCCUUGUUAUUAAUAUGAUUAAUAAACUAUUUAUUGAUUUUAUUGUUCUUCCUAA